CUCUCCUCCUCCGUGGGCCUCCCCCGCCCGCGCGGUACAGCUGGGCCAGUGACGCGAGAGCUGCUGCCGCCGCCACUGCUGCUGCGUUCUCUUCUCCUCAGCCGGCGACAGUCUCGCGCCCUGCCUCCCGCCUCCUCCUCCCGGAGCGCCGGCCAGCGCCAUCCAGACAAGGGCAAGCGCGGCACGCGGGGCCUCGCCUAGACCCGAGAAACCUGCGGGAGCGCGCAGGCAGCGGAGCGAAUCCCAGCGCCACAGAAGCUGCGAGCGCCCCCAUCCCGGAGGUCGCCGCACCGCUCCCCUGGUGAAUCUACCCCUGGCUGACUUCAGAAUUUUUCUGGCUUUUAAUUUUUUUCUUUUUAAAAUAACUUGGACGGAUAAAAGAUGUGCCAUGGCAGGAUAGCACCAAAGAGCACCUCAGCAUCUGUCGUGGCCUCCGUGGGACAUGGAGUGUUCCUUCCGCUGGUGAUCCUCAGCACCCUCCUUGGAGACGGGCUUGCCUCAGUGUGUUCCCUGCCACCGGAGCCAGAGAAUGGUGGCUAUGUCUGCCACCCUCGGCCCUGCAGAGACCCCCUGAACUCGGGCAGCGUCAUCGAGUACCUAUGUGCUGAAGGCUACAUGUUGAAGGGCGAUUACAAAUACCUGACAUGUAAGAAUGGCGAAUGGAAACCAGCCAUGGAGAUUAGCUGCCAUCUCAACGAAGACAAAGGCACCAACACGUCACUCGGGGUCCCCACGCUGUCCAUAGUGGCUUCCACUGCCAGCUCCGUGGCGCUCAUUCUUCUCCUUGUGGUGCUGUUCGUGCUGCUGCAGCCAAAGCUGAAGUCUUUCCAUCACAGCAGGCGUGACCACGGGGUAUCUGGGGACCAGGUCUCCAUCAUGGUAGAUGGAGUCCAGGUUGCACUACCAUCAUAUGAGGAGGCUGUGUACGGCAGUUCUGGUCACUGUGUGCCGCCCGCUGACCCCAGAGUGCAGAUUGUGCUGUCAGAAGAGUCUGGGCCUAGUGGGAGGAACGGGCCGAGAGAGCAGCAGCUACAGGACCAGGGGGCCUGUUCCUCUGCAGGUGGAGAGGAGGAGGCCCCGGGCCAGUCUGGACUAUGUGAAGAUUGGGGCUCUCGGGGCUCAGAGACUGUGAUGGUGCAUCAGGCAACCACCUCUUCCUGGGUGGCCGGCACAGGGAACAGCCAACUGGCGCACAAAGAAGCCCCAGAUUCAGAGAGCAGUGACAUACAAAGCCUUUUAUCCCUCACAUCAGAGGACUACACAGAUGAUAUCCCACUGUUGAAAGAAGCGUGAGGGCUGCCACUGGCCUCUCCUCUGCAAUGGCCCUCUCUGCCCUUUCUUCUCUCCCUGUGGGUUUGAGCACCCUGUGCUCCAGCCGCCCUACCCGGAUACCUGAGCUGCCACCUGUGGAUCUGUGGAUCUCUGAGGCCUGCAGACCCACCUCUCUGGAAACUCAAGGAAGAUUCUCACCAUCUGCCUGCUGGACAGCUGGAGGAGCUGGCUUUUUGCCUGGCCCAGCCUUCCCAUCUGUGUCGGGGAUGUAUUUGAAUGUGCUGGAUUGAACCCUUCCUUCCCCUGAGCCCUCUGGGUCUCCUCCAGCCAGCUCUUUGGCAGCAGCCCCCACCAGCCCACAUGGGCCUGAGAGCCGCUGUGUUUACUUGUGCCUUCCCCGCAACCCCGUCCAGUUUCCCUGCACGCAGGCUUGUUGCUGUCUACAAGCCUUAGUGGUCGCACUGCUGCCCCCUGCCACAGAAGGGGCUGGGCCUGGGGCUGGCCUGUUUUCUUUGAGGGCUGGCACCGCUGCCCUUCGCAGAAGCAGAUCCAAGAGUGAGCGCUGUGGAGACAAGAGUGGCUCUAAUUGGGGCAAGAGUUUGAGUCCCUGGGCCUGCCCCUGGUUGACACUGGUGGCACAUUUCCCUGGCUGAGGAUGGAGGAUGUGGGAAAUCCUACCAAAGCUGUCCUAGCACUUGGCUGUCUAGCUCAGAGGUGCGGCUCCUGGCCGCUGCUGAGUUGAGUUUCCAGAAAACAUCCAGAAGACCCCAAAGGAGGGCAGUAAGGUGGCUGAUAAUGACUGUCUUCCUCAUAUGCAAGUACUCACCUCCUACUCCAGCAUUGACCUUCCUCGCCUGUUUUUCCUCUUUCCCUGGAGUAUAAGGGACGCUGCAUGCUGCCUCCUGGGUGUUAUCCUGGGCAGUUCCUGCUUUCUUGCUGCCCACAGAGGCCCAAGGUGAAUCAGCCCUGAGAUGCCACGGAAUGCCCAUCUGGUCACUGGCAGUUGGGGCAGGUUGCCCUGUUCUGGGUUCGUGGUGAUGGAGGGGAACCUGAGAGCCACAGACGGAGUCCCCAGGCAGCUGCAGGCAGCUCCAGCCCCACCCUGAGGGUCCUCCUCACCACAGUCACGUGCCUUAGUAACUGUUCCCAGGAAGCAUCCUGCUGCUUGCUGCACUGCUGCUUUUCCUACUUCUGGCCUCCCCUGCCAUCCCCUGCUCCUGUCACAGCUGACAAACGACUCCCUGGUCUUCCCUGGCCCUGGGGGAGGGGCUGAGAGACCGCCCUCACACACUCCCACCUUGCUGGCCUGCGGUGGGUGAAUGGUUGCCAACAGAGCAGCCUGGCUCUGGGCCCUGGUGUGGGAGGAGUGGGCUCAGUGCUCCAGAUGCUUCUGCCGGGGGCCUCCCCCUCAGCCGUGUCUUAUGCUGACAAGGCUGGGGUGGCAGAGCUCAGCCAGGUUGCUGCCAUCUUCAAAGAUGUGGCAUUAACUAAUCCCUGUUUUUGAAGCAUUGGGGCUGGGAAAUUCCAAAGCUGACCUCGUGCUGCACCUCUGCUCCUCCCUCAGUCUCUGUGUGGGGUGUUAAAAUCAAGAGCCCAGUGUCUUUUCAGCCCCUGACGUACAGGGUAGGUCCAGGAGCGGUGGCCUCAGAGAUGAGGGGAUGGCCUUCUCGCGGCCGCCUGCUUUCACUCACACGCGCACUUUACUGCCCGCUCAGUCCUGGCCUCUUGCCGCCACUUGCAGUCUUCCUUCCUCAGGGUAAGGGCAGUGCCUGCCGUGCCUGUUGGCCACUCCCACCUCGCUCCUCUUCCCCACCCAGGAGCCCAGGCCGGCGUGGCCAGAUAGGGAACAGGUUGUCGCAGGUGCCAGAACUAGAACACAGAGGCCUCUGAAGGAGAUGAAGUGUACCAGGGAGCUGUCCUUGGCCUCAGAAGAGGCCAUUUCCAGAGAGUGCCUGCCAGCCAUUGCUGGCCCUGGGCCCAUCUGGGGGGUGGGUCCCUAGCAUCCCAGCUGCCUCACCAUGCAUGGGCUCUCCUUCCCCACAGGGGUACCCUUGUCUUCCUGCAAAAGAAAAGCAGGAGCAAAUGGUGGGGGAUCCAAAGUCACUGCUAAUCCUGCAGCUUUUAUUUCCAACCUUCCAAAAUCUGAAUUCUAGCCUAGAAUGUUUUUUACAAUAGAAGAUCUUACCCUUUUUAUACCAUUACUCUGGGUUUGGUUUUUUUUCUCUAAGAGACUGCACUUUUUGUUUUAGGUUUAUUCAGCCACAUAGGUUACCAGCUUGAGCCUUGACAAAAAUGAAAAGCCUUCCUUCUGAAGUUUUCUUCCCCCUCGCCAGCCAGCCAGCCAGCCAGCCAUUAAUACCAUCCUGGGGUCACAAGCCCAGACUUGUGUACCUGGUGGGAAAGAAAGAAGUCAUGGUAAAUGGGAACCUCCCUUCCCCCACCCCACCUGUCACUGGCUUUGAGGAGGCCCACCUCCCCCAGGCCCUGGGCCUGUGGGUGCAAGGGCAGGCCUGAUUGCUGCUGACACCCACGACAGCUGUUCCUUCUUUCCCCCGCCCCCCAAGCAGGUUCUUAGCCAUCAGCCAUGUGCUGCCGUUUCUGGGGCUUCUGGGCUUUGUCCCUCGCAAGGGAUUAGGGACUUCACAGCUGCUUUGAGGUGGGGCCUGGCUGAGAGACAGGCCGAUGUCAGGUGGCGGGCUGUUAGGAAGGAGGCUGCCGGAGGAGCCUGGAGCAGGUGGAAAACUGUCCAUAGCCUGGCUUUCCCGGGCUCACCUCCAGGGGAGCCAGCAGAGGGCUUGUCCAGGAGGAGGGCGGCACCAAAGGACUUUUUAAAAGGGUUUUUUUUUUUUUUUCCCACACUUGAGCUGACUCCGUACAGGUUUUAUGUCCUGGCAACUUGUAGUCACAUUCCAGCGACUUACAAGGGCCAGAAUAUGGUGAAAAAUCACAAAAUUUCCACCCCUUUCAAUGCCUCAGUUUAGCACAUAGGCUCUAUCAUUCGCCAUUUCUGAGUUUUGUGUGCUGUGAUCCCCUUUCGCUCAGUGUAAACUGUGAAAUGAGCUGAAUCUUGGCCACUUUGUGAGUCUUUGGUUGUAUAAGGCAUUUCAGUAUGCAUUCUACUAACUCCAUUUGCAAACAACUGGAAUUAAUGUUAUCUUCCCUAUUCAUCUUGCUCUCCCCACCCCUCACCCCUGCUUUAAAGUUCUGUGGAGAAGCUGGAUGGCAAGACAGACAAAGUUAUACUCUUCCUGCCUCCUAAGUGGUGACACAGGGAUCAAUAGCACUCAGCCUUUCCCCUCCCAGUCUCAGCUGAGCUCUCAGACCACUUGCUUCCCACAUAACAAUAUCACUUCCAUUCCUAGGUUACAUCCUUACAUCAAGAAUGGAAUAUGCUGCAAAUAUUUCUUCAUCCUUGCCUCUUUUUCUUCCUCCUUAAAGAGAAUAAAGGGCCCAGAAGGGAAGUGGUAUACAGGCUUUCCAGCUGAACUCCAGAUGAGGACAGGCUAGGAGCUUCUCUGCUGGGGCCUACUGGGGCUCCUGGCUCACCGCAUAGAGACAGUCAUUACUGGUGCCCAGAGGGCUCAGAGAGGACUUUGCUUGGCAGAUGUGUGGAUUGAGUGGUACAAGAGCUGGUUCCCUGCAGAGGGAAAGGCAGCAGGCUCAACUUUGCUGGGAAACAACUCAAUCUCCAGUUGAAAACCUAGAAGAAUUUUAACGAAAACCCCAAGGUCGAGCCAGCAAAGUUUUCUGGGGUGGGGUGCAGGGGCAAAGCACUUGGAUUGCCAAGCAGGGAGGAGAGAUGGAUGCAGGUUGCGUGGCUGCCCACCGCCCCCUGCCCUGGCUUCUUACCACACCACUAUGGAAUUUUUGCAGAAUGGUACUCCUAUAUAAUGAUUUAUAACGACAUAUGCAUCAUUGACUCUGCAGGAUGUCACUCGAUCAGUUUGGGUUUGCUUAUUUUAUUUGAUAUAUAUAUAUAUUUUUUUGGUAUCCUGUACAUUGCAGUGGGUGUGAAGAUAGUAUUUUAAUAUUUGUACAAAGUUUAAUUUAAUUUUAAUUGUUCUAUGUAUAUAACUGCAUUUCUAAAUAAUAAAAAAAGUUCUU